AACAACUUUCAGUAAUUCACUAUAAUGAGUGAGUAUCUGAAAACAGUAAGAUAACAGUUUAGUCAAUAGUAAAAGUAGGAGUUAAAGGGCGCGCGGCUCCUUUAAGCGCUGCAGGGUGGAGCUGUAGAGGAAGUGAAGUGUCACCGCGAGCCUCGGCCAAAACACACAACCCGGAGUCUCCGCUGCUGCUGCCGCGACCCUGCUGCCCCUCAGUCCGCGACAGAGAGAGACACACCGCGCCCAGCCCGGAGGUCCUGCCAUCUGCUGGAAAGCUGGAGGCCUGGAGUGCUGGCGUCAUGGUGAAGAAUGUUUCGCAAGGUCAAGAAGCGCCACAGCAGCAGCAGCUCCCAAAGCAGUGAGAUUAGCACCAAGAGCAAGUCUGUGGAUUCCAGUCUGGGAGGUCUGUCCAGGUCCAGCACUGUAGCCAGCCUCGAUACGGACUCCACCAAGAGCUCAGGUAAUAGUGCGUCUGAAACGUGUGCUGAGUUUAGGGUGAAAUAUGUGGGAGCAAUUGAGAAGCUGGAGUUUGAGAUGAGCAAGACUCUCCAGGAGCCUCUGGACCUAAUCAGCUAUAUUGAUACAGCACAGCAAGACGGAAAGCUACCUUUUAUGCCUGGAGAAGAGGAGAUGAUCUUGGGAGUGUCCAAGUAUGGAGUCAAAGUGGCAUCUUUGGACCAAUGUGACGUCUUGCACCGCCACGCGCUCUACCUGAUUGUACGCAUGCUGUGCUACGAUGAUGGUCUGGGUGCUGGGAAGAACCUCCUGGCACUCAGCACCACUGACACCAAACAGCAGGAGUGCAGCAUCUGGGUCUACCAGUGCGGCAGUGCGGAGCAAGCCCAGGCCAUCUGUAAAGUGCUGUCUGCGUCCUUCGACUGUGCUCUCGCUUCAGAGAAAUCCUGAGGCCUUCACUUUUCACUCCGUUUCUCUCACUCUUACUUUUAUCAUGGCCAGGCCUUUUUUAGAUCUCAACAAAAGAGUAAGAUGAAUUUCCUCAAACUCUGGAAGCCCUGGCUGAUGUUUACGGUAUCAACAGAAGUUGCUCUUUACAAACUGACCUGAGGUGAAGAUCAAGUACCACUGCUCCACUGAUCAGUGAUCAGUGUGCAAGGGCAUCCCUGCAGGAAGCGGUGUUUACAUCACUCAUUCAUUUUGUCUUAAUUAGCUAGAAUCCUUUUCUCAUAGCAAUGCUGCCUCUCAACCAAAGCUCUGCCUACCAAGUUUGGGCGUCUCUAUUUUUAUAACCUAAUUUAAUUUUAUUUAAUGUAAAUAUACAUUGAGCUCAGCGCACAGUUCUGACCAUGGCCCAGUAACUCUGCGGUUUAUGAGCAUCUGAUGGGAUUAAGGCUAUGUAUCGGUGGUACAGUAAUUACAAAUAGUACGGAAGAGCACAUGGGUACGAUGGGUACGUUAAUCAAAUGCUGUAAAUCCCCUUUAGGCUUCCUAAAAAGUACUGUGCUUGACAUUCAGUGCGGUUUGGAACACAUCACCCCACCCCCUUCCUGACCUCUCCCAAUCCCUGGUCCUGAUGUGAUCAGGUCAUUUAAGAUUGAGGAUAAUAAUAAUAAAAACGAUUUGAUUUGAA